GAAGUGCUCUGUAGGUAUUUAACAAUCCUUUCUUUGCUUUCCAGACCAUGAGGAUGGAGAAUAUGAAAAUAGCACUUUUGAAUAUUAUGAAGAUUAUUACUUUUUUGACUUUGAUGUGGAAUACAUGUUUCAUAAUGAAUUGUGCAGCUAUGAGGCUGUGACCAAAUUUGGAUCCAUUGUAGUUCCCAUAGUGUUCACCAUUGUGGUCCUCCUCAGUCUCAUUGGUAACAUCCUGGUUCUGGUGAUCCUUGGACUCUACGAGAACCUCAAAUCACUGACCAACAUCUUCAUCCUUAACUUGGCUCUGUCUGACCUGAUCUUCACUCUUGGACUUCCUUUUUGUGUCAGUUACUACAUCUGGAGCUGGACGUUUGGUGAUUUUAUGUGUAAAGCCAUGAACUUUAUAUUCUCUGCUGGAUUUUAUAGCAGUACUGUGUUCCUGAUGCUGAUGUCCAUUCAGCGCUAUUUAGCAGUGGUCCAUCCUCUGUCUGAUUGGAACAAAAGGCAGAGGUUUGCAGCGAUUCUCAUCCUUGCUUGGACGUUCAGCUUUGCAGCAGCUUUACCAGACUUACUUUUCAGCAAAGUCAAAGUUAACUCAGCACUCUCUAAAAACCAUUACUGUGAGUUUAACAACAUCAAAGCAGGUGCUGUGUUUACAUAUCAACAGAACAUUUUGUUUGUUGUUGCAUUUUCAGUCAUGGGUUUUUGCUACAUAAGAAUUAUUCAGACCAUCCUCAGGUCCCAAACAAACAACAGACACAGAACUAGAAGACUGAUCUUCUGUAUUGUGGUGGUGUUCUUUGUAGGCUGGGCUCCUUAUAACAUUGUGAUAUUUCUGCGGACCUACACUGAUCAUCGGAUCAAAUCUUUAACAGAAUGUGACGUCUCCAGUCCUCUUGAAUAUGUGUUUUAUGUCUGCAAACUGCUGGCUUUUUCCCACUGCUUUAUUAAUCCAGUGCUUUAUGUUUUUGUUGGUGUAAAAUUCAGGAAUCAUUUGAGGAAGCUUCUACAGAAAAUUUUUCAAAGUUAA